GUUUGGUCAACUUUUCUCAUUUUCCUGGGAAAUUGGUCCGAUUCCAUGUAAAUUUGUUCAUUACAUGCAAAAUGUAUCAGCAAUAUGCUCUGUUUACACACUUACAGCAAUGAGCAUUGAAAGAUAUUAUGCGAUUCUGCAUCCAGUGAAGAGCCGUUACAUGUGCACAAUGUCACACACUCGGAUGAUCAUUGUAUUAACUUGGAUCUUCUCAUUGAUAUCAGCUUCACCCAUCAUUCAUUUGCAGGUUCAUAUUGAGGUUGGUGAAAGGUAUAAAGCUUUCUGGUGUUACAAGGAUCCAAGUCAACCAAUUAUCUGGAAACUUUAUGAAUGUUACAUGUUAACCUUAAUCCUGGUUAUACCUUGCAUUGUAAUGGGCUUCACUUACUCCUGUAUCUGUAAAAAGCUAUGGAUUGUGGUCCAGAAAAGAGCAACAAUGUUUGGCCAUGAUAAUGGGAACAUCGAGCUGAAAAACUCCAAGCCGAUGUCAGAUGACCGGAAAAUGUUACGCUCAGAAAAUUCAUUUUCAACAAAACAACAUUCCAUGAAGAAUAGUUCAAUCCAAGAAAUGUACUCCAAUAAAGCUGAUGAUGAUACUGCAGUUGUUAAGCAGGUCAUCAAAAUGCUCGUUGCUGUUGUAAUACUCUUUAUAUUAUGCUGGUCACCUAUCUUAAUAAUCAAUGUUUUGACUGCCUUUGGUAAACUUCAUCAACUAAACUAUGGUUUCCUUAAGCCACUCCGAACUGCAGCUCACCUAUUGUCUUACCUCAACUCAUGUAUAAAUCCAUUGGUCUAUGGAUUUAUGUCCAAAAAUUUUCGAGCUUCCUUCAAAGCAGCCCUUCAAAAAUGUUUGGCUUGUCGUUCAAAGGGAAACCAGCGAAGUAAUAGUCUAUCCUGUCGCAUUUCGACCACCGUUCUAACACCAGCACCAUCUAAUUUGCUGACUGAAGUCAACUAUUGAAAAUUUAAAUCGGAAUAUCGUUCAACCAUAAUUGUAUAUGGGAAUCUCAACUUCAAUUUUCAAUGUUCACAACAAAAUGAAAUAAAUAAACAAUUUACAACAUGAAAACUCCAACAAUUAUUUCUUUAAAAACAAAAUAUUCUUUUGAUUAUAUCGUAUUAAAUGUACUUCGGCACAGGCGGGAGGAUACCAACGAUUCCAAC